ACAUACACACACACAAACAGGGUAUCGCCACAGGUAUAUGUGUUUAGAUAUAGAGAAGAAAAACACACACAAAUUCUCUCAUCUCUAUCGUUCUUAUCCGUUAAUUGAUUCUUCUAACAACCGCCAAUUUCACACCAAUUUUAUUCUCGAAUCUCUUCCAGAUCUUCUUCACUCAGGUUAAAUUAACUCGUGCGUCAUUCUUAUUUAAGUAUUUAUCAUCCUGGCAUAAUGUCAGAACCGGAUGUGAUUAAACCCGAGAUGAUGAAGUCAUAUAUAUGGCUUCAAACUGCUGAUGGAUCGAUUCAGCAAGUGGAACAAGAGGUUGCCAUAUUUUGUCCUUUCAUAUGUCACGAGAUACAUGCAGGCAUGGGUUCUUCAAAAACAUAUCCAAUUUCUCUUCCAGCACGAGUCAAUCCCGUUACAUUAAGUUUAAUACUUGAUUAUUGUCGGUUCCAUCAAGUCCCAGGCCGCUCUAACAAGGAGCGCAAGUCAUUUGAUGAAAAGUUUAUCCGUAUGGACACAAAUAGGCUGUGUGAAUUAACUUCCGCUGCUGACAGUCUGCAAUUAAAGCCGUUAGUUGAUCUUACCAGUAGAGCACUUGCAAGAAUGAUUGAAGGAAAAACUCCUGAAGAAAUACGUGAAACUUUUCACAUACCUGAUGAUCUAACAGAGGAAGAAAAGCUGGAGCCUUUGAAAAAUAUAACCGAUGACCCGCGUAUACGAUUGUUGAAUAGACUUUACGCAAGAAAGAGGAAAGAACUAAAAGAAAAAGAGAAACUCAAGAACGUUGAAGUUGAAGCAGAGCAUGUAGAUGAUCGUUCAGUGGAUGAGCUCUUGUCGUUUAUUAAUGGAGAAAAUGGAGAUUCCAAGGAAGUAAAAACAGCAAAGAACAAAAAGAAAAACCGUAGAAGAAAGGAGCAACAAAAGAACGCUCCUCCUGUAUGCGCUAAUUCAAACACCUCUUCAUCUCCAAGCAAUGGCACAAAGGAAUCGAAUGGUGUUAGUUCUGUAAGUCGUGACGAUAGGGUGAAAGGUCAUUGUCUACCGAAUAUCAGUGAGCUUUUGAAGUUGCAAGAUUCAGAAGAUGAUAGAUUUGCACUUGAUGAUGAUUUUGAUGAUUGCGACAUAGGAGAUGGCAUAGAUCCUGAAAUUAAAGAGCAAAUUGACAGGGAAGUAGAGGACUUUGCUAGAAGGUUGAAUUCUGAUUGGCCAGAAAGAGUGCAAGAGCUUUUAUCACUAGGCCAAGAACGAAGACCAAGUUUAUAUUCUAUUAACGGAAAUGGUUGCUCAACGAAACGUUCAAAUGCAUCAGGGCUGGAGAAGCAUGAGAAGUGAUGUCUAAACUGACCAGGACUCAGAUUUUGACUUUCUGAAAGAGAUUAGAAAUAUGCAUGGAUUUUCAACUGUAAACCACCUAAGUUAUAUUUCUUUUUUCUCUUUAAUUAGUUUGUCAGACCCAAAAUGAUGCAAUUUUGAUAUGUUUUAUUUGGGUUUUUUUUUUAAUUUUUAUUUAACAGUGUUUUUAUUCUG